GAAACAUUCAAGCUGGAUUUUAAAAUCAUUUCAGAUCAACGAUGAAACAGAAGUUGCAAAAUGCACUGAAUAGAAGUCUUCAAAACAUUUUGCUUCAAAUAACAGAGGAAAGAAAACUUAUCUAUUGCCUUAAGACCCUUUUGUAGAAAAAAAAAUUUAUGAUAGGAACCUAUAACUGGAAACAUUUAUUUGGCUCUUAAUAACUUGAAUGAAGAAUUGUCACUUUGCUUCUUAGAAAGAUUUGUAUAUCUGAGAUUAUUUAAAUUAUCAGUCACUUUAUAAACAUCCUGACAUGAUCACCAGGGAAGACAAACAGAGAAAUAGUUGAAACUUGUGUUGGUCCAAAAUGACUUCUGAAGAAAUGGCAGCUUCUGUCCUCAUACCCAAGACUCAGAGAAAAGCCGUUUCUGCCCCGUCAGCUGCAGAUGAGAGUAGUGAAAAUGUCUCCGAUAUCAAUAUUCCAAAGGCACAUGCUAUCAGGCAGAGUGGGCAGACCUCUCACAUCAUCUCACAACCGAACAAACUUAAAGAAGAAUCUUCUGGAAGCAACUUGCCCAAGAUUCCCUCAAUAGCAAGCGAGAAAAUCAUGAGUGAUGAGAACAGUAACGAAAAUUCCUGGGGGAAAAGCAUGCCAGACUCUGUGAAAAACCUUAACAUUAACUGCAACAACAUAUUGAGAAACCAUCAGCAUGACCUUCCUCAGAACCAGUUUUAUGAAACGUGCAACUCUGUCGCAGAGGAAGACCUGUGUUUGGAAACUGGAAUUCCUUCUCCCCUGGAAAGAAAGGUGUUCCCUGGAAUUCAACUGGAAAUAGAUGAGCCUCCCCUGGGCAUUAGUCCUUUAGAAAAUCAGUCAACGAUUAUAGAGACUGGCAGAGCACACCCAGACAGCAACAUGGCAGUAUUUCAUUUUCAUUAUGAAGUUGACGAAAGAAUGUCAGACACUUUCUGUGCCCUAUCGGAAAAUGUAAUUUUGGAUGAUUGUGGAAAUUGUGUGCCACUGCCUGAUGUUGGUGGGAAGCGAAAGAAAAACUACGUGGCAUAUACUUGUAAACUGAUGGAGUUGGCUGAAAACUGUGACAAUGAGAAUGGGCAACUGCAGUGUGAUCACUGUGACACUCUGAAUGAGAAAUAUGUGUGCUUUGAAGGCUCUUGCAGGAAGCUCGACAUGGUAUGUUCAAGCGGUAGCUUUUGCAGGGAAGAUUUUACUGAUAGUCCACCUGCCAAAACCUUUUUGAGCCAUUUUGAGGACAUCCCUGAUAAUUGUGACGAUUUAGAAGAAGACUCUUUUAAAAGCAAAAAGGAGAGGUCCACUUUGUUAGUCAGGAGAUUUUGUAAAAAUGACAGGGAAAUUAAGAAAUCUGUGUAUACUGGGACAAGAGCCAUUGUGAGGACUCUGCCUUCUGGCCACAUUGGGCUGGUUGCUUGGAGUUACAUUGAUCAGAAGAAAAAUGGUCUCUUACUGCCUUGGAGGAGAGUAAUGGACCCUCUGUCGGUGGUGGAGAUAAGGCAAGGAGUGAGCCGGUGUCCCUCAGAGGCCCAGUGGUAUCUGACCUACAAUGCAGUGAGAAGAGGAGAAGGAACCGAAGAUACGGUGGGAUCUCUACUCCAUUUCUUCACAAAGCUCUCUGCUGCCGAGACCGCCCAUGGAAGGAUUAGCAGGGGCCCGCAUGUAAAGCGAUGUGUCCACGAUUCUGUGUGUGAGUAUCGUGCCACCCUCCAAAGGACUUCCGUGUCUCAGUACAUCACCGGUUCUCUCCUCGAAGCAACCACGUCGUUAGGAGCAAGAAGUGGCCUUCUCAACACUCUUGGAGGAUCUGCUGGACGAAUGAUGCUGAAAGAACGCCAGCCGGGCCCCUCUAUGGCCAAUUCCAAUGCCCUCCCUUCAAGUUCAGCUGGGAUCAGUAAGGAACUGAUUGAUUUGCAGCCCCUCAUCCAGUUCCCAGAGGAAGUCGCCAGCAUCCUGAUGGAGCAGGAGCAGAAUAUUUACCGAAGAGUCCUGCCAGUCGACUACCUUUGCUUCUUAACCCGGGACUUGGGCACUCCAGAAUGCCAGAGGACCCUGCCCUGCCUCAAAGCAUCCAUCUCAGCAUCCAUCCUUGCCUCCCAGAAAGGAGAGCACAAUGCCCUGGAAGAUCUCGUGAUAAGAUUUAACGAGGUGAGCUCCUGGGUGACGUGGCUGAUCCUCACGGCGGGCUCCAUGGAGGAGAAGCGGGAAGUCUUCUCAUAUUUGGUGCACGUGGCCAAAUGCUGCUGGAACAUGGGCAACUACAACACCGUCAUGGAGUUCUUGGCCGGCCUCAGGUCAAGAAAAGUCUUAAAGAUGUGGCAGUUUAUGGACCAGUCUGACAUCGAGACCAUGAGGAGCCUGAAGGACGCGAUGGCCCAGCAUGAGUCGUCCUGCGAGUACAGGAAGGUGGUGACGCGGGCCCUGCACAUCCCUGGCUGCAAGGUGGUUCCCUUCUGCGGGGUCUUUCUGAAGGAGCUCUGCGAAGCGCUUGACGGCGCCUCGGGCCUCAUGAAAAUCUGCCCACGAUACAAUGCCCAAGAAGAGACGUUAGAGUUUGUAGCAGAUUACAGCGGACAAGAUCAUUUCUUACAACGCGUGGGACAAAACGGCUUGAAGAAUUCGGAGAAGGAGUCCACUGUCAACAGCAUUUUUCAGGUCAUCAGGAGCUGCAGCCGAAGUCUGGAGACCGAAGGGGAGGAUAAGCCCAGUGAGGAAGACAGCUCCAGGAAAAGUUCCCUGAAGGAUAGAACCCGAUGGCAGUUUAUCAUUGGAGAUUUGUUGGAUUCAGAAAACGACAUCUUUGAGCAGUCCAAAGAAUAUGACUCCCACGCGUCAGAGGACUCACAGAAGGCCUUCAACCACGGGACCGAGCUCAUCCCUUGGUAUGUGCUGUCCAUCCAAGCCGAUGUGCACCAGUUCCUGCUGCAGGGCGCCACGGUCAUCCACUAUGACCAGGACACGCACCUGUCUGCCCGCUGCUUCCUCCAGCUUCAGCCAGACAAUAGCACCUUGACCUGGACGAAGCCCACCACGGCCACCCCAGCUGGCGCUAAAGCCAAACUUGGUGCGCUAAGUAACUCAGCCGAGCCUGGAAAAUUCCCAUUACUGGGCAACGCUGGACUGAGUGGCCUGGUGGAAGGGGUCUUGGAUCUGUUUUCAGUGAAGGCUGUGUACAUGGGACACCCUGGCAUUGAUAUACACACUGUGUGUGUUCAGAACAAACUGGGCAGCAUGUUUCUGUCAGAGACUGGUGUGACACUGCUCUACGGGCUUCAGACCACGGACAACAGAUUAUUGCACUUCGUGGCACCAAAGCACACAGCUAAAAUGCUCUUCAGCGGGUUGUUGGAACUCACUAGAGCUGUGAGAAAGAUGAGGAGGUUCCCUGACCAAAGACAGCAGUGGCUGCGGAAACAGUAUGUCAGCCUCUAUCAGGAGGAUGGACGGUACGAAGGUCCCACACUGGCUCACGCUGUGGAGUUGUUUGGUGGCCGACGAUGGAGCACUCGGAACCCCAGCCCGGGGACAUCAGCAAAGAACGCUGAGAAGCCCAGUAUGCAGAGAAACAAUACCCUGGGCAUAAGCACCACCAAGAAAAAGAAGAAAAUCCUCAUGAGGGGCGAGAGUGGAGAGGCGACCGACGAUGAGAUGGCCACCCGGAAGGCCAAGAUGCAGAGGGAGUGUCGAAGCCGGAGCGGUUCUGACCCUCAAGACGUCAACGAGCAGGAGGAAUCGGAGGCGAAUGCCAUCGCCAGCCCUCCCAACCCCCUUCCUUCCAGAAGAGCCCACUCUCUGACCACGGCGGGGUCCCCCAACUUGGCUGCCGGGACAUCAUCUCCCAUCAGGCCAGUGUCCUCCCCUGUGGUGCCUUCUUCAAACAAGAGUCCAUCCAGUGCGUGGAGCAGCAGCAGUUGGCACGGGCGGAUCAAGGGCGGCAUGAAGGGGUUUCAGAGCUUCAUGGUCUCCGACAGCAACAUGAGCUUUGUCGAAUUCGUGGAGCUGUUCAAGUCGUUCAGUGUGAGAAGCCGCAAGGACCUGAAGGAUCUCUUCGACGUCUACGCGGUGCCCUGCAACCGGUCCGGCUCGGAGUCGGCUCCUCUCUACACCAACCUGACCAUCGAUGAAAACACCAGUGACCUUCAACCCGACCUAGAUUUGUUGACCAGAAACGUCUCGGAUUUGGGGCUGUUCAUUAAGAGUAAGCAGCAGCUCUCGGACAACCAGAGGCAGAUAUCUGACGCCAUCGCUGCGGCAAGCAUCGUGACAAAUGGCACAGGAAUCGAGAGCACAUCUCUGGGGAUAUUCGGGGUUGGCAUACUCCAGCUCAACGACUUCCUCGUGAAUUGCCAGGGCGAGCACUGCACCUAUGAUGAAAUCCUCAGCAUCAUCCAGAAGUUCGAGCCUAGCAUCAGCAUGUGUCAUCAGGGCCUAAUGUCAUUUGAAGGAUUUGCAAGGUUUCUGAUGGACAAAGAUAAUUUCGCCUCGAAAAAUGAUGAGUCCCAGGAGAACAUCAAAGAACUGCAGUCACCCCUCUCCUACUAUUUCAUUGAGUCUUCACAUAAUACCUACCUCACGGGCCACCAGCUCAAGGGAGAAUCCUCGGUAGAACUCUACAGCCAGGUCCUCCUGCAAGGCUGCCGGAGUGUGGAGCUGGACUGCUGGGAUGGAGAUGACGGGAUGCCCAUCAUUUAUCACGGACAUACGCUGACAACCAAGAUCCCCUUCAAGGAAGUCGUUGAAGCCAUUGAUCGCAGUGCCUUCAUCAACUCUGACCUGCCAAUCAUCAUAUCCAUCGAGAACCACUGUUCAUUGCCUCAACAACGAAAAAUGGCGGAAAUUUUCAAGACUGUGUUUGGAGAAAAACUGGUGGCCAAAUUCUUAUUUGAGACUGAUUUCUCAGAUGAUCCAAUGCUUCCCUCUCCUGACCAACUUAGGAGGAAAGUACUUCUUAAAAACAAGAAGCUAAAAGCCCACCAGACGCCUGUGGAUAUCUUAAAGCAAAAGGCUCACCAGUUAGCGUUUAUGCAGGCGCAGGCUUAUAACGGCGGGAAUACCAACCCCCCACCUGCAAGUAACGAGGAAGAAGAAGAGGAAGAGGAUGAAUAUGAUUAUGACUAUGAAUCCCUUUCUGAUGACAACAUUCUGGAAGACAGACCUGAAAACAAGUCAUGCAAUGACAAGCUUCAGUUUGAGUACAAUGAAGAACUCCCUAAGAGGAUAAAGAAAGCCGAUCACUCCGCUUGCAACAAAGGAAAGGUUUAUGACAUGGAACUGGGAGAAGAAUUUUAUCUUCCUCAGAACAAAAAGGAAAGCAGACAGAUUGCACCAGAGCUCUCUGACCUUGUCAUCUAUUGCCAAGCAGUAAAAUUCCCAGGCCUGUCAACCCUAAAUGCAUCUGGCUCUAGCAGAGGAAAAGAAAGGAAAAGCAGGAAGUCCAUUUUUGGCAACAAUCCGGGCAGAAUGAGCCCAGGGGAGACAGCAUCGUUUAACAAAACAUCUGGAAAAAGUUCCUGGGAAGGCACUCGACCGGCCUGGGAAGAAGUUCCUUCCCCCCUGAACCCAACCACGUCCCUCAGCGCUAUCAUUAGAACCCCCAAGUGUUACCAUAUCUCGUCGCUGAACGAAAACGCCGCCAAACGUCUGUGUCGCAGGUAUUCCCAGAAACUGAUCCGGCACACGGCCUGCCAGCUGCUGAGAACCUACCCGGCCGCCACCCGCAUCGACUCCUCCAACCCGAACCCCCUCAUCUUCUGGCUCCAUGGGAUACAGCUCGUGGCACUCAACUACCAGACCGACGACCUCCCUUUACAUUUAAAUGCUGCCAUGUUCGAGGCAAAUGGUGGCUGUGGUUACGUGUUGAAGCCCCCAGUUCUGUGGGACAAGAACUGUCCCAUGUAUCAGAAGUUUUCUCCACUGGAAAGAGACCUGGACACCAUGGACCCUGCAGUCUACUCUUUAACUAUUGUCUCUGGUCAAAACGUGUGUCCCAGCAACAGCACAGGAAGCCCAUGCAUCGAGGUCGACGUCCUGGGCAUGCCCCUGGACAGCUGCCACUUCCGCACGAAGCCCAUCCACCGAAACACCCUGAACCCCAUGUGGAACGAGCAGUUUCUCUUCCGGGUUCAUUUUGAAGAUCUUGUAUUCCUUCGAUUUGCGGUUGUGGAAAACAACAGUUCAGCGGUCACUGCCCAGAGAAUCAUUCCACUCAAGGCUUUAAAACGAGGAUAUCGACAUCUUCAACUGCGAAACCUCCACAAUGAAGUCUUGGAAAUCUCUAGUUUAUUCAUUAACAGCAGAAGGAUGGAAGAAAACCCCUCUGGCAGUACCAUGCCAGCCUCUUUGAUGUUUAACACAGAAGAAAAGAAAUCUUUGCAGACGCACAGAGUCACGGUGCACGGGGCCCCCGGUCCAGAACCCUUCACUGUUUUCACUGUUAGUGGAGGCACCAAGGCAAAGCAGCUUCUCCAGCAAAUUCUGAUGACCGAACAAGACACCACACCCACUCCCUCAGACUAUUUUCUAAUGGAGGAAAAGUAUUUUAUAUCUAAAGAAAAGAAUGAAUGCAGGAAACAACCGUUCCAGAGAGUCAUUGGUCCGGAAGAAGAGAUCAUGCAGAUUUUAAGCAGCUGGUUUCCAGAAGAGGGUUACGUGGGCCGGAUUGUCUUAAAAACCCAGCAGGAAAACCUAGAAGAGAAGACAAUUGUUCAAGAUGACAAAGAGGUGAUCUUGAGCUCAGAGGAAGAGAGUUUCUUCGUCCAAGUGCAUGAUGUUUCCCCAGAGCAACCUCGAACCGUCAUCAAAGCACCUCGCGUCAGCACGGCCCAGGACGUCAUUCAGCAGACUUUAUGCAAAGCCAAAUAUUCCUACAGUAUCCUAAGCAACCCCAACCCAAGCGACUACGUGCUUUUGGAAGAGGUGGUGAAAGACACAACCAACAGGAAGUCCUCUACCCAGAAGUCCUCGCAGCGGGUCCUUCUGGAUCAGGAGUGUGUAUUUCAAGCCCAAAGCAAGUGGAAAGGUGCAGGAAAAUUCAUCCUCAAGCUAAAGGAGCAGGUGCAGGCAUCCCGAGAAGAUAAGAAAAAAGGCAUAUCUUUUGCAAGUGAACUCAAGAAGCUCACCAAGUCAACCAAACAGGCCCGAGGACUCACGUCACCUUCUCAACUCCUGGCGUCAGAAAGUGUCCAAAACAAGGAGGAGAAGCCUGUAGGUGGCUUGUCACCCAGUGACCCCGUGGAUUAUCGACAGUGACCAGCAUGUUUUACUCAGGUGGAGAUGUUUUGGCAAAAUGUUAGUCAAGAGUGACCAUGGUGGAAAAAAAUAUAAUGUACUUCUUUUUAUUAGACUUAAACUGGAAAUUGAUGAUUUCUGAACUGAAGCCUUCUUCACACGUGAGGUCCAUGCUGAGGACAAGUAAAAUGGCACAGGGCUAGUAGCUACCGAUUUACAGAUGAAGAAGCCAAGAAGCCUGGCAGACUGCCGUGUUACAAAUGUCAGCGGUUGGGAAAACCAUCGCUAAGCUGGCAAUAACUGACAUGGAAUGAGGGUCAGCACACUUUGUCUGUGAAGAGCCAGACAGUAAACAUGUUAGGGUUGGGCCCUAUGGCCUGUUGCAGCCACCCAACUCUGCUGUCAUUGUGCAGAAGCAGCCAUGACAACACAUAUAUGAGUGAAUGUGGCUGUAUUCCAAUAAAACUUUAUUUAUGGACACCGAAA